AAAAAAAAAAAAAAAAUUGAAUAUAUAAAAGUCCCUUUUUUUUUUUUUUUCCUUCAUUCUUUACUUUUUCUUUUCAUCAUCUCCUUCUUUUGUUGACAAUGGGCAAAAAUAUGAAUCAAUCACUUGUGAAUAUGUCUUAUGUGGCGCCUAAACCAUUAAAUCUUCAAGGAGGUCAAUGUUCAUGGUGUGGUAAAUAUGGUCACAAGCGUAUUAUUUGUCCUCUUUUGAAGUAAUCAUCCACCCAUUCAUUACUAUACAUCAUCGGUCUGAUUAUCAACAUCAACCAAUCAUCAUCAUUUGUUAUCUUCAUGCUUCAUCAAUAUAAUCAUCAUUAUCAUUGCAAUUCAUUAUUAUAAGCAACGUUAGGCAAUACAGCAUCUUUACAACGAAAAAAAAAAAGUUUCUCUUACCUAUGAUAUUUCUCUUUUUUUAUUUUAUUUUUUAUUAUCUAUGUAUAUCCCACACUUCAUGUAUAUAUAAGCAUUUUUUUCCUUUUAUGAUGAUGAUGAUGAUCCUCAUCGUGUUUUUUUAUCGUAUCAACUUUAUCAAUAAAUCGUAUCAACUUUAUCAAUGAA